AUGAUCGUCCUCAGAACCGAAUUGCUCAUCUCGCUGCUUCUAAUCGCCGAUAUUCACCACUGCGUGGCCGCGAGCCGGAGGAACGACCGUUUCCUGAGCAAUUUCGGUCAGCCGGAGGAGAAAGGAGAAAAUCUCGAAAAUGCGAUCGACUCGCGCGGGCAGAUGAGGUUCUUCGACGAGCUCGGACAACUGACCGGUGAUAGAACAAUAAGUACGGUGAACCCGUGAUGACGUGCAAAACAUUCUCGAAGUGGUAAGCGGAAGUCGCAGUCGAUCAUGAAGAUCGUGCUGGCGCUGCUCCUCAUCACCGUGGCGAGCGCACUCGAUCACCAUGACGUCUACUCGUGGAAUAGACGCAGACAGGACUUCAAGGUCGCCGCAACUCGAUCGGCCGCACCGAUGAAGGUCAAAGAGACUCGCGCGCCGACGCCGGCCGCGCAAUCGAUUCGCAGGUCGAGGACGUCGAGUCCGUUCGCGGAUGAUUCCCUUCAAAACUCGCCGAGAAGACGCGCGCUCGUGGGGGACUCGGACGAGCAGCGGGACCUGUGGAGCCCCGUGGCCGUCAGGACGCGGCAGGAUUUGACGCGUGAAAACCGAGCCAUUGAGAACACCUUGAAGAACGGGAUCGGCAGGCCGUCUUCGACCAAAGUCGAGCAGUACUUUUCGAACUUUCCAUACAGCGAUGACACAUCCGUCGACGCCAUAUUGGGGAAUGCGGAGCAUCCGAAGAGCACAGCGUUCCUUCCGAAGGACAACGCGGAUCAUUUCCUGGAUCACAAAGUGGAAGAAGCGGACUGGAGCGCGCCGGAUGUAUUCGAGAAAGACGUCCAGCAUGAAGAAGAGGAAGAAGAAGAGCAAAUGAUGGAGGAGGAGGAAGAAACUAACGUGCAGGACUUCCUGGACGAGAUCAAACGGAAGAGACUGAACGGGGAUCUCGAAGGGCUCACGGCAGGACACCGGCAAGGCAGACACAGAAAGCUCACCAGUCAGCAGCAAGGCGCGCUUCUGGUGGAGACGCUGAAGAAGAAGCGAAACCACACCAGUGACCAUCGAGGGCACAGCUCCAACUUGCAGAGCGGCAUUAUGGAUAUGUUGGGCAGAAUGAUACCGCAGACCUGCAAGUACAAAGGUGCCAAGUUCGAGUGCGGUCUCAGCAUUAGCUGCGUUUUGGGCGGCGGUCGACCGGUCGAUCUCUGUUCCGGGGGCAUGAUAUGGAGCUGCUGCGUGGACGACGACGACAUACCUGAGAAAGUACCGCGACCGACCGUGGGUUUGCUGCAGAAUGCCACGUUUUCCAUAAACCUCGGCCACCAACAGCCAUACGUGGACGACGACGUGCACAUUUACAGCAGCGACCUGCGACCCAGCAGACCUACGACCAGCCAUCGGCCCGCGUAUUCGCACGUGGGCGCCAGCAGCGGGGGCGGCAAGCCGGGUAACCCGUACGAUCCGUCGUAUACGAUCUGGAACCACGAUCGGCCGACGAACGAUCUCGCGAUCGGCCAUGAGCGACCCACUCGUCCGUAUCACACGGUCCAGCUGGACUAUCCGCAGGACGGCUACCCGGCUCACGCCUCCGGCGUGCACGUGCCGAUCGAAGACUCGUCCAAUGCCGUGGACUACUCCAGAUACCGUGGCUGCGGCGAGCUCUACACAAGGAGCAACAGGAUCGUGGGUGGGCACUCGUCCAGUUUCGGCAGCCAUCCGUGGCAGGCCGCCAUUAUCAAGUCGGGAUUCCUCACCAAGAAGUUGUCCUGCGGUGGCGCCCUGCUGAACAACCGAUGGGUCGUCACAGCGGCGCACUGCGUCGCGACGACACCGAACAACAAUCUAAAGGUUCGACUCGGAGAAUGGGACGUGCGAGACGCGACCGAACGGCUUCUUCACGAGGAAUUCAAUAUCGAGAGGAAAGAGGUACACCCGCAAUACUCGCCCACCGACUUCCGCAACGACGUGGCUUUGGUGAAGCUGUCCAGAACGGUAGCUUUCAAGCAACACAUUGUCCCAGUCUGCUUGCCGGCGAGGAAUUUGAAGCUCUCCGGCCGAACCGCAACUGUCGCUGGUUGGGGACGAACCAGGCAUGGUCAAACUUCGGCGCCAUCCGUACUUCAGGAAGUCGACGUCGAGGUGAUACCGAACGAAAGAUGCCAGAGAUGGUUCAGGGCAGCCGGUAGGAGAGAAACCAUUCACGAUGUAUUCCUAUGCGCGGGUUAUAAAGAGGGUGGACGGGACUCUUGUCAGGGCGAUUCCGGCGGACCGCUCACGAUGUCUGUGGAAGGCAGACACGUUCUAAUCGGUUUGGUUUCCUGGGGUAUCGGCUGCGGUCGUGAACACCUGCCCGGCGUGUACACCAAUAUUCAGAAAUUCGUGCCGUGGAUCGAUAAGGUCAUGAGCUAAAGCGGAGAAGAGACUGUCUCGUCUCAGUUCCUUCGAAAGUCGGGUCGCUUCGCCCAAGAAGAAAAAGAAGAAGAAGAAGAAAAAGCAGAAGAAGAAAAAGGAGGAGGAGAAGAGGAAGAAGGAGAAAAGAAAUGUUUGCGAGAAGAACGACGCGCAGUUACCAAAGUCUUAAGACGUUCUUUAAGAACUCCCCAGCGACCGUGUUCGGUUAAUCGACCGUUGUUGAAGAGCAGACACUCACCGUCGAAAACUCGAGGAAACACAACGUUUUGUAUACAUUAUAUUCGAAAAUGGUAACGAAAGAUUAAUUAACGGAGCUACGGUGGGUGUAUUUUGACGAUCAAUAUUGACGAUGGCAGAACAGAGUGCUUAUUAAAAUACUGAAUGGCGAUACAUAAAAAUGUUUAACGCGAGGAACGCUUACGAUGGCUCAUAAGUUUUGCCGUUGUUAUUCGAAUCGCAAAUAAUUUAUUGCCUUGCAUAUUAAAAUAGAGACGCGGCUUGUCAGCGAAUCUAAUGCAUUGUUUAAGUAUUCGUUCUCAAAUUUGAUACAACGGAUUGCCGAGUCGCGAAAUGAAAGAAAAUAAUGUUGCCACUAAUGUCAUUGACUUUUGACAAUAAUGUCUGAUAUAAUGUCUGAUUGUAUAACGUCUUCUUGAUGAAUUUAAAUAAAGAA